UCGCUAUACUUAGAAGCUAUACUUUUACAUCAAUGAUGGUUAAAAUAGUGUUGCUAGUACUGCUGCAUGCAUUGUGUUUAAAAUGUGACAUUUCAGUUCAAGUGUAUAGAGAUUGGAGUGACAUUGUACUGAAUACAACAGUUACCUCUUUUGCGAAUUUAAGUGAAAUUUUAAUAGGAAAAGUUUAUAAUCUAGUGGUAAUUGAAAACCAAACGGUACCAACAGUGCCAAGAAAUAUCUUGAGUGGUCUUAAUUUCCAAGAAUUUCGCAUGGUCAACGAUAAAAUCACGGAACUAGAAUCAGGUAUUUUAGACGAUGCUCGCGUUGAGAACAUAUUUUUUAUCGACAAUCAACUCCAAGUUUUAAAAAAAGGAGUCUUUAAUAACAAAACUUUAGAAGUGCUUUCUUUUAUGAACAACCGCAUUUCCAAAAUCGAAGAUGGCGCUCUGGAAGGUCUAACUGUUAAAACCUUAGUUUUAACCGAAAACCAUUUAGAAGAAAUAACAGCAAACACUUUUGAUAAAUCCACCAUAACUAUGUUAAAACUUGAUUACAAUCGUAUUGUUAGAAUAGAAGAAAAUUCGUUCCAAAAAAUAUCGCGAUUGGCUUAUAUAAAUCUCAGAGACAACCAAAUAAAGGAAAUCGGCAACAUCUUCAAGAACAUUCCCAAUCUAGCUGAACUUAACCUCACUUAUAAUAGAAUAACUAUUGUAGGAACGGAAAACUUUAUAGGAUCUCCGAUAGUUUGUAUUUAUCUAUCUGGUAAUCAAAUAACUGAGAUUAAAAAAGGUAUUUUUAACAGCAAACAAUAUACCUUCAUAGCGCUUGAUAAUAAUCAGAUAACUUCCAUAGAAGAUGGCGCUUUUGCAGACAUUAAAAAUUUAGAACAUUUGGUAUUGUCAUACAAUAAAUUAGGAGAUUUAAAUCGAUCUGCCAUUGGGGGAUUCACAAAAGCAAUCGGUUUGAAGUUAGACAAUAAUGUUAUCAUGCAUAUCGCACCUAAUACGUUUCAGAAUGUCAAACUAAAAGAAUUAGAUCUAAGUAACAAUUUAUUGACUGUUAUUAAAAAAGGUUUUUUUAAUAAUAGCGAAAUAAUCAGUUUAAAAUUGGGACAUAACGAAAUAUAUGAUAUUGAUGUUGGAGCGUUUGAAGAAAUUAAGAAUUUGGCUUAUUUAGAUCUCGGUCAUAACGAGCUAAGUGAAAUUAAAAAAGGUAUGAUAAAUAUUCCUCUUAAUAAUGUAGUUUUAGAAAAUAAUAAAAUACGUAAGAUCGAUAAAGAAGUAUUGAAGGAUUUUGAUUUGUAUUCUUUGUUACUGGAUAAUAAUCCUAUUCUAACUAAAGGACAAUAUGAAUCGGAAUCAGAAGAAGAUUCCUCAGAAGAGGAUUCUACAGAAGAGGAUUCUGCACCAGACUGAAAUUAGUUUUUAAAUAGUUUUAAAUUAUUCUUUUUUUUUUUAUUAAAUUAUUUUUAAG